CAUCCAUCCCGCCGGACCGCUGCCACCUCCGCACUAAACUGUCCUCCGGUAAGAGCCGUCGGUCAACGGUUCCGGGCUGACGGGACCCGGACUGUUUCAGCGCUGCACCUGGGCCGGAAACACGGCGGAGCGAUGGCGGCGGAUGAGGAUAUCAGCCUCCUCGUUAUUGUGGUGGAUGUCAAUCCUGUUUGGUGGGGCCAGCAAAUCCUGAAAGAAUCCCAGUUCACCCUCUCCAAGUGUAUGGACGCAGUGAUGGUGAUGGGAAACUCACACUUAUUCAUGAGCCGCAGUAACAGACUGGUGAUUAUCGCGAGUCACAGCCAGGAGAGCCGCUUCCUGUACCCAGGUAAACGAUGGAAAUCGGGAAGCUUUUCUGAAAGUAGUGACACCGCUUCUGCAGAAUCUACUUCAUCUGGCAGUAAGGACGGUAAAUUUGAGCUCCUGGCGUUAGGAAAUGACAUUGUCACCGAGGAGAUCAAAGACCUAAUGGCAAAAACUGAAGUGAGAGCACAUCUGACAGAAACCUUGCUGGCAGGAUCUUUGGCAAAAGCACUUUGUUAUAUUCACAAAGUGAAUAAGGAGUUGAAUGCCAGCCACGAGCUGAAGUCCCGAAUACUGGUUAUUAAAGCUGCUGAGGACUCUGCUGCUCAAUAUAUGAAUUUUAUGAAUGUUAUUUUUGCAGCACAGAAGCAGAAUAUUCUGAUUGACGCGUGUGUUCUGGACUCUGACUCUGGACUCCUGCAACAGGCUGCAGAUAUAACCGGAGGAUUAUAUUUAAAAAUACCACAGCUGCUGGCACUCACACAGUAUUUGCUGUGGGUGUUCCUACCAGACCCAGAGCAGAGAUCCCAGCUUGUCCUCCCGCCUCCUGUCCAUGUGGAUUACAGAGCUGCCUGCUUCUGCCACCGUAACCUGAUUGAAAUUGGCUACGUGUGUUCUGUCUGCUUAUCCAUAUUUUGCAACUUCAGCCCUAUUUGCACGACCUGUGAGACUGCUUUCAGACUUGCUCUGCCACCUGUACUGAAAGCGAAGAAGAAGAAACCAAGACAACUGACACUGAACUACUUGGCGAGCUGACACCAGGAACAGGAAUCGAUCCUGGGCCCUCCUCCUGCUGGGAUUUCUGCUCUUCCGGCUGCAUCAGGAGCCCAUGGAGUCGGUGCAAUGAUCCAGACCCACUGACAAAACUCCAUUCUUCUGUAGCCGAUAUAAGGAGUUGAGUUUGUUCUGUCUGUGACACAAUGCUAAACUCUAGGUGUUGCGCUGUGGGUGAAACAGGCACACACCUGCAAACACUGGGUCUUUUUUGACCAAUUUGUGUUUUUUUGUAUAUGUCACAUUUGUAAUAAAUGCACAGUUCAGAUAGGAUUCUGGAAAUCUGCCCCCACAUCUGGAGUCGGAAUAACCUCUGCUCCCUUUUCUCCUUCCCUGGUUUCUCCUUCGAUCGUAUCCUGAGCUUGGUACCAGUUAGACGUUGUGAACGGGGAUCCUUGUCCUACCCUGAAUCUCCUUCCAGCUUAAACUGGUGUGUUGGGAGGUGUGGAACUGAACACAGGUGGGAAAUUUCUGUCUCCUGGUCUUUGGGUCCAAAGGUGGGGGAGUUCUGAUCACCAUGAAUUCCAUUAAAGGUUCUGGAUGCAGGUCCACAGCUCCAUUGCAUGGGAUCAUUUACAGCAAGUUUACCAUUCAUGAAAUGCGGUAUUCCAGGUGAGGAGAGAAAAUGCCCAGUGGCGGCAACGUACAUCACCUCUGGAAUUUCCUGGAUGACUCCAGAUGUUGGAUCAGAAUUUGACCAGUACAAUUGUUGACCAGUCACAGUGAUACAGCUUUAGCCUUGUCCACAAACAUUUGUCUUGCACAGAAUGCGUGGAUGAGAAGAGAAGCCCUCCCAGCAAUCACAAGGGUUGACUCUACAGUUUGUCUCAGCUUAGAGUCAUACAGCACGGAACAGGCCCUUCGGCCCAACUUGUCCAUGCUGAUCAAGGUGCCCACCUCAGCUAGUCCCAUUUGCCUGUGUUCGGCCCAAAUCCCUCUAAACUUUUCCUGUCCGUGUAUCUGUCUAAAUGUCUUUUAAAUGUUGUUAUUUGCCAUAAAUACCAUAAGCUCUUUACCAUAAAUUGCACAAAAAGGCUAAC